UGGAACCCGCGGACAAUCCCACUUACAACCCAUAUUUCAUGACCGUGUUGUCCCUAUGUAGUACCCACAUAAAACUAAAAUCUGGGCCCAAUAUGGGUGUUGUGCAUAUUGCCCAGGUGGGGCCCACCUAGUGGCAAGUGCAGUCCUGCAUGAAAUCCAUGUGGGCAAUUAGCAUGAGGCCAUUAUGGAACCCGCGGACAAUCCUAUAUAGGGCCCAUUUUUCAGCCCAAUUCAUACCCAUAUGGGCCCUAUAUACAAAUGUUGGCUGGGUAACUGUCUCUUUUUUUUAGGAUUGAUUAUUGUUCCAGUGUUGCCAGUGUUCGCUGGUUCGUUUUUUUUACAAGGGUGUUGGACUAACACAAAAAGGCGCAGGUUUUUCUAUCUAGAAAAAGUGAUAUGGAUACUGAUGUGUUUGUUGAGUGUGUGGAUGGUUUACUCUUACAUUGAAUUCCUGAGAAAUAAAGAAGGUUAUGUAGGACUGGUUUGUAUGGCUGGAUUUCUUCAAGCGUUGUGGGUGAACAUAUUUUCUGAAGUCCCAGUCAAUUAUCCAACAUUUUGGAACAAAAAUGUUUUGUUCUUGUUUGGAUCAGUCGGUCUUGUUCUCGUGAACUCUGUGGCACUGAUGACAGACUUGAUAUUUAAAGCUGUUAACGGUAAACGUCUGGUUGAAGAUCAGAGAAUGGUUGUCUUCCCCUCUGAAUGUCUCUUUACCGUACCACUUCUGAUUUUACCCAUUUUUACACCCUACAAAACCUUGCAGGCAAAGCAGAACACAUGUCCAGUACUAGGGACAGCUGUCACAUCAGAAUCUCAAGCGGAAUCUCUGAACUCAGCGGAUUUUGCUGAAAAGUGGACCCCUUUUAACCAGAACUAGGCACAGGAAGAUCUUUAGAAAUGGAUGUUGUAAAAGUGCCUUUGCGCAGGAAUGAGGAAAAGUAGGAUAUCACCUGACCUGACCUGACCGUAGGUCUCUCAGCAUAAUCUGUAUUAACUGAAUUUCGUAACACUGCCUAUGAAGGCUGUCCAAAAAAUUUUUCUCCCGGAGCUGCCUUCGUGCCACCGAAGUUAUAGAUGGAUCCUUUUCCGCCUUGGCUAUCUCAAGAUUCAAUGUGCGCCUGUGACGUCUGGGUAUUUUAAAAUAAACAUUCAGAACUGUAGUUAAAUCAAAGUGUAUAUUUUGCCAAACUAAAGGCCCAUGUAUGCCCUUGUGAAAAAAGUUCACUUUGAUAUAUUUUUAUAAAGUGCACUUAUCACACAAAACGUAUACUUUAUCCAGAAAUUUCUCCAGCAAAACUGGGACUUCUUAUGCUCACAGUUUAAAUGCAAGUGCUAUACACUCAGACUAUACUAAAACAACAUAGUCAAAUAUAACAGAAAAUUCCCAAUUUAAUCUGGCCUCUGAAAUUAAUUUGCAAAAAUAAAAUGAUAAUGCU